AUGGCUCAACCAGUAAGUUCAGUCACAAUGAAACCUGUACAAAAUACUCCAGUACUUCCACAGACAGAAGUAUCGAAUCCUGUAGGUUAUAUCCACUCAUCAACAAUGCCAACUUUUGGAUCUAUGCUUCCAAUCGCUUCUAGAACUGGGAAUAAUAAUGUUAAUUUUAAUAGUCCCGUUAAAGCAAAUCAAUCUGAGACUUCUGGGCUUACACUAGUUUUAGAUGGUAAAAGCUAUGAACCUGAAGAAUUACUCAACUUAAUUGAGCGAUUACGACAAGAUAUUCGAGGAUACACUGAUCACAUAAGAUGGCUUGAACAAGAAUUGAGUCAAACAAGACUCAAUUUAAACGCUCGAGAAAGAGAUAUUGACAAAUUGAAAUCAGUUUUAGACCAAAAACUUCAUAAUAAUGUGACACAACUACCUACCCACCCCGUUACACCAAUAUCUGAUAUAUCACGUCAAACAAUUAAACAAAACACGUUAAAUGUAACCGGAAUAACGCCUACAUUAAAAGCAACUGGUAUGCACGAAAACACUGGACAACAAAUGUUUGCAGACAAAUUACGCACUAAGAAACAAGGUGUUUCAGGUGAAAGUUUCACUGGACAUCAAUUAUCAGGUCUUGUACAUCAUGAUAAAGAUACUUGGUCUUCUAGUUUAAUUCGAGAUGCUAUCAGUAAUAAUACAUUUUUGAAGCAUUUAGAACAAUCACAAAUUGAAGAAAUAGUAGCUUGUAUGUAUAAAAAACAAAUACCUCAUGGAUGUUUUAUUAUACGUGAAGGUGAACCAGGCGAUGCAUUGUAUGUUGUUUCAGAUGGAAUAUUGGAAGUAUACAAAGAUAAUGCAUUACUUGGGCGAAUGGAAGUGGGUCGAGCUUUUGGUGAAUUAGCAUUACUUUACAACUGUAAACGAACUGCAUCUGUUCGAGCUGUAACCAAUGCUUCAGCAUGGACAUUAGAUCGACGUACAUUUCAACAAAUUAUGAUGUCUACAUGUAUACAUAGACAGCAAGAAAAUAUGAAAUUUUUAAAAAGUGUCCCUGCAUUGAAGGAUCUAUCCUCAGAGAAGAUGAAAAAGCUGGCUGACGUAUUAGAACCAGUGUUUUAUGAAACUGGUGAAUAUAUAAUACGUGAAGGAGAACUUGGUGAAACAUUUUUCAUAAUUAAAUCUGGUAAAGUACGUGUUACACAUACAAUUGAUAGAACUGAUGAAACAAAAGAAAUUCGUCAACUAUCAGAUGGAGAUUGGUUUGGAGAAAGAGCAUUAUACACAUGUGAAAAACGAAGCGCCAAUGUAAUAUCUGCCGAAGGUGGUGUACAUCUACUCUCAUUGGAUAGGAGUAAUUUUAUUUAUCUAAUUGGUGAUUUAAAUGAAUUCAAAUCUAAAACGUAUGAUGAUAUCAAUCGUCCAUCUACUGGGAUAACAUCAAUAAAUUAUCAACAAUCGGAAGGAUAUUUAGAUAAAGAAGAGAUUGUUAGUACUCCACAAACUGUUGAACAAAUAGAAUCAAAGGAUUUGCUCUCUUUAGUUAAAAUUGAUAAAGAUGAUUUAGAACGAAUCACAGUUCUAGGUGUUGGAGGGUUUGGAUGUGUCGAAUUGGUUGUUUGGACGAAAAACAGAAAUAAAACAUUUGCAUUAAAACGUAUGAAAAAACAGCAUAUUGUACAUACACGUCAACAAGAGCACAUUUGUUCAGAAAGACAAAUAAUGUUAGAACUUCGAUGUCCAUUUAUUUGUCGACUUUACUGUACAUAUAAAGAUAAUAAAUUUGUAUACAUGCUGUUGGAAGCUUGUUUAGGUGGUGAAUUAUGGACAGUUUUACGAAAUAAAGGUCGAUUUGAUGAUGUUAUGACACGUUUUGUGGUUGCUUGUGUUUUGGAAGCGUUCACUUAUUUACACACACAAGGCAUAUUAUAUAGAGAUUUAAAACCAGAAAAUUUACUUCUUGACCAUAAAGGUUAUGUGAAAUUAUGUGACUUUGGAUUCGCCAAACGAGUUGGACAUGGUAAAAAGACCUGGACAUUUUGUGGCACACCUGAAUAUGUCGCACCGGAAAUUAUUCUAAAUAAAGGACACGAUAAUUCAGCAGAUUAUUGGUCACUAGGUAUUCUUAUUUAUGAAUUACUUACAGGAAGUCCACCAUUUACUGGUACUGAUCCAAUGAAAAUCUAUAAUGUUGUUCUGCGGGGAAUAGAUUGUGUUGAAUUCGAUCCAUCGAAUAUAAGUCGAACUGCAACUACACUUAUUAAACGUUUAUGUGCACAGAAUCCAGCUGAACGGUUAGGAUAUGGACGAGGGGGAAUAAUCGAUAUUAAACAAAAUAAAUAUUUUCAAGGAUUUGACUGGAUCGGUUUGCAUCGUGGUACGUUAGCAGCUCCUAUACAACCUACUAUACUUGGUCCAGAUGAUACAACUAAUUUUGAUAAAUAUCCUCAACAAAAUGAAAUCCCACCUGAUGAAACAUCAGGUUGGGAUAAAGAAUUUUAG